AUGACCUCGACCUCUUCUUCCACUGCUGGAUCCGUCCGCACUGUCCCGCCUGCCUCUCUGCAUCAAACCCAUACCCUUGCUCCUGGUGCGCAACAUCGCAAACCUGCGUGCCAAACACCAUCUUCCCUUACCCGUUCGGGAUCCUUGCACCGAUAA